ACCCAGCAGGAUGCCGGCCCCCGUGGCUCUCCUCAGCUCCCCGGCGCUGCUCCGCUGCUGCUCCCGGGCUCUGGCCAGGCCGGUGUCCGUGGCUGUGCUCAGCAGGCCUGAGGAGAGCGCCCAGCUGGGACCCCGCUGCUGGGACCCACUGCUGGGACCCACUGCUGGGACCCACUGCUGGGACCCCACUGCUGGGACCCCGCUGCUGGGAACCCAAAUCCCUAUUCCCGAUUUCCCUGGCCCGUUCCCUGCCCCAUUCCCCAUUCCCUGGCCCGUUCCCGUUCCCAUUCCCGGUUUCCCCGGCAGGAACCCGUCUCUGAAGCAGCAGCUCUUCUCCUACGCCAUCCUGGGCUUCGCGCUGUCCGAGGCCAUGGGGCUCUUCUGCCUCAUGGUGGCAUUCCUGAUCCUCUUCGCCAUGUGACAGCUCCUCUCCCGACAGUAAACCACGGAAUUCCCUCCGGAAUCGCU